AGAGAGCUGGCUUGGGCCGCUGCUGGCGAGGUGGCGGAGCAGACCGACGAGGGACGACAGCAGCGGUAGCAGACCGGCGCGGCGGCAACUGGGGAGGCGAGCCCGCGCCCGCCCUCCGCGUGCGUCGUGCGCCGGUGAGCAUGCGCUGCGGAGAUCCGCGUCGUUCACGCGUGCCGCGUGCCGCGCGCCGGUGAGCCCGCGCCGCGCCGCUGGCCUCCCCGUCGUCUGCACGGCGCACAUCGCGCCGGCACCGCCCGCUGCCGAGCUCCGCAUCGUCCGCACCACCGGCCGAUGAGCCCGCCCUGCCGGCCUCCGUGCCGACGCUAGAACCGGCUCUCUCUUCUCUCUUUUUUUAAUCAAUUAAUGGGGUGCUUUCGUCAUUUCGCAUGCUGAUGGAUGCAAAACAAAUAAAAUAUGCUUCUACUGUUCUAUAAUGGUAUUUUGUUAAUAGCCGGUGACAUUUUUAUAAACACAUGGUAUCAUUUUUGUUAAAGCCACUUAUAGAGUGCCAUAUCAUUAAAUUUCUCCCCUUGUCUGGCUCCGCCGCCAAUUGCCGGAGGAAUGGACCACCGGCCGCAGGAAACGCGGGGGGAGCAGCAGCUCGCCGGCGGCAUCGACGUCGAGGUCGAGCUCGACCCUGAGGACCUCCAGCCGUCGGUGCCCCUCAAGAAGGUCCCCGCGGGGGACCUCUUCGAGGCGGCGCGCGCGGGCGACUGCGGCCGCCUCGCCCUCCUCCUCGAGGGCGGCGCCAACGUCAACGCGCGCGACCGCUGGGACUCCGUCGCCCUCUACUACGCCUGCCUCGCCGGCCACGCCGACGCCGCCCGGAUGCUCCUCGAGGCCGGGGCCGUCUGCGCCGAGCGCACCUUCGACGGCGACCGCUGCCACUACGCCGCGCUCAACCUGCGCCUCCGGAGGCUGCUCAAGUCGUUCGAGGCGCGGCCCCCGCCGCUCGCGCCGCUGCCCGCCGCGCUCCGGGCCACGUUCCUCGCCUGCCCCGCCAACCGCUCCGCCUUCCUCGAGAUGCUCCAGUGGAGCGCCGGCUCCGACGCUGCCGCCCUUGCCACUGCCGCCGGAUUUGGGCCAAUGGAUAAUGCAUCAAGCACUAGCCUAUUCCCUCCAGACAUUACAUUCUAUGUGGAUGGGAAACCAGUUGAAGCUCAUCGGGCCAUUCUUUGUUCCCGGUCAUCGUUCUUUCGACAAAAAUUCAAGACAGACUGGAAAAACAGGAAUGAAGUGAGAUUUUCAAGCCAGAAGUUGUCUUUUGGUGCCUUAUACAGCCUUAUCCAUUUCUUCUAUUCUGAUAGACUCGAAGUAGAUGUGGAUGACAUGGAAAAUUUGGCACGUAUGUGCAAAGUUUGUAAGUGUGAAGAGUUGCAAAAGAUAUUGGAUAAUGAAGUUGCUCAUCAGAAAUAUGCAGAGUACAAGUCACCGAGAGUAGAUUUGGACAGUUCACAGAAGCGCUUCAUUUUAAAUUGGCAAUCCUUGCCAGAGGAAGAUCGGCUUCCCUCGGCACUACAGCGUAUUCUAGAGGAUUGCCUAGCUAACUCAAGAGAACAAGAUUGUUAUAACGAUGAAUCAAAUGAAAUGAGCAGAGACUCUGGGGUGGAUGCUGCUGCUGAUCUUUAUAUAAAAGUAUGUGAUAAGGUUUUCCAUUGCCAUCAGGUGAUUUUAGCCUCAAGAUCAGAAUACUUUAAAGCCAGGCUAUUUAGAAACAUGGAAUAUCUUGAAGUUGAGAGUGGUGAAGCAACUCAAAAUAUUCCUUUUCUUGAAGAGUUCGACUUGAGUACAGAAGCAUUUGAAAAGGUGCUUGAAUAUAUGUAUACUGAUAAGCUAGAGCAUAUGGAUCCUAACCAGGCUGAAGAAUUAUUUGAUAUUGCUUCAAGAUACCUGCUAUUCCCCCUUAAACGAGUUGUGGCCGAUAUACUUUUGACAUAUCUGGAGCAUGUUUCACCUGCAGAACUGUGCCACUGGCUAAUGUUAUCAGACAUCUAUGAUGUUGUGAAAAUAAGGGAGUAUUGCUUGGAUGUCAUCGCUUGCAAUUUUGAGAUGUUCGCAGACACAAGAGAAUUCCGGGCAUUACUUUUGACACUUCCACCACCAUCUGGAGAUGACUCAUUACGAACAACUCGUCCCAGUGAACCUGGUACGGCAGGAAACACUGAUGAAGGCAACCUUCUUGAUGAUUUGCGUGAGAAAUGGUUAGAAGCAGAGGCUGCUGAGCUAGACGAGAGAGAUGAGAGUGCAAAGUUGUUUGAUAGGCGAUUGGAGAUGCUUAUGCUUGUAGCGGAACAAGAAGUCAAUGAUGACAAUGCUUAACUCCACUGUGAAUUGGUACUGUACAUUUUCGUGCAUCUCUGUUUUUGAAGUCUUCAUUGCAGGUGCUUUAAUGUUU